AAUGUGAAAGUCAGCCGUGUCUCCAUGGUGGUCUCUGCGUAGAUGGGAGAAACAGCUACCACUGUGACUGCACAGGUAGUGGAUUCACAGGGAUGCACUGUGAGUCCUUGAUUCCUCUUUGCUGGUCAAAGCCUUGUCUCAACGAUGCGACAUGCGAAGACACUGUUGACAGCUAUAUUUGUCACUGCUUGCCUGGAAUCCACUGUGAAGACGACCUCGAUGAAUGUUUACCAAACCCUUGCCUAAAUGGUGGCACUUGUGAGAACCUGCCUGGGAAUUAUACCUGUCACUGCCCCUUUAAUGAUACUUCUAGGACAUUUUAUGGAGGACAAGACUGCUCUGAAAUUCUCCUGGGUUGCACUCAUCACCACUGUCUGAACAAUGGAAAAUGUAUCCCUCACUUCCAAAAUGGCCAGCAUGGAUUCACCUGCCAGUGUCCUUCUGGCUAUGCGGGGCCACUGUGUGAAACUGUCACCACACUUUCAUUUGAGAGCAAUGGCUUCCUGUGGGUCACAAGUGGCUCCCAUACAACCACAGAGUCAGAGUGUAACAUAUCCUUGAGGUUUCAGACUGUUCAGCCAAACGCACUUCUCCUUGUCCGAGGCAACAGGGAUUUGUCUAUGAAGCUGGAGUUGCUGAAUGGCUGUGUUCACUUAUCGAUCGAAGUCUGGAAUCAGCCAAAGGUGCUCCUGUCUGUUUCCCACAACACCAGUGAUGGAGAAUGGCAUUUGGUGGAGGUAACAUUUGCAGAAACUAUCACCCUUGCCUUGAUUGGCAGCUCCUGCAAGGAAAAAUGCACCACCAAGUCUUCUGUUCCAGUUGAGAAUCGUCAAUCAAUAUGUGCUUUGCAGAACUCUUUUUUGGGUGGCUUACCAAUGGAGACAACCAACGACAGUGUGUCUGUGCUUAAUAUCUAUAAUGUGCCUUCCACACCUUCCUUUGUAGGCUGUCUCCAAGAUAUUAGAUUUGAUAUGAAUCAAAUUACUCUGGAGAACAUUUUGUCUGGCUUGUCAUCAAAUGUCAAAGCAGGCUGCCUGGGAAAGGACUGGUGUGAAAGUCAACCCUGUCAAAACAGAGGACGCUGCAUCAACUUGUGGCAGGGUUAUCAGUGUGAAUGUGACAGGCCCUAUACAGGCUCCAACUGCCUGAAAGAAUAUGUAGCGGGAAGAUUUGGCCAGGAUGACUCCACAGGAUAUGCUGCCUUUAAUGUUAAUGAUAAUUAUGGACAGAACUUCAGUCUUUCCAUGUUUGUCCGAACACGUCAACCCCUGGGCUUACUUCUGGCUUUGGAAAACAGUACUUACCAGUAUGUCUAUGUCUGGCUAGAGCACGGAAACCUAGCACUGCAGACGCCAGGCUCUCCUAAGUUAGUGGUAAAAUUUUUUCUUAGUGAUGGAAAUGCCCACUUAAUAUCUUUGAGAAUCAAACCAAAUGAAAUUGAACUGUAUCAGUCUUCACAAAACCUAGGAUUCAUUUCUGUUCCCUCAUGGACAAUUCAAAGAGGAGACAUCAUCUUCAUUGGUGGCCUGCCUGACAGAGAGAAGACUGAAGUUUAUGGUGGCUUCUUCAAAGGCUGUAUUCAAGAUGUAAAAUUAAACAACCAGAGUCUAGAAUUCUUUCCCAAUUCAACAAACAAUGAUUUAAUUCUCGUCAAUGUGACUCAAGGCUGUCCUGGAGACAACAUCUGUAAGUCCAACCCUUGUCAUAAUGGAGGUGCCUGCCACUCCCUGUGGGAUGACUUCUCCUGCUCCUGCCCUGCAAACACAGCAGGGAGAGCCUGCGAGCAAGUUCAGUGGUGUCAACUGAGCCCAUGUCCUCCCAUUGCAGAAUGCCAGCUGGUCCCUCAAGGGUUUGAAUGUAUUGCAAAUGCUGUUUCCAGUGGAUUAAGCAGAGAAAUACUGUUCAGAAGCAAUGGGAAUAUUACCAGAGAACUCACCAAUAUCACAUUUGGUUUCAGAACGCAUGAUACAAAUGUGAUGAUAUUGCAUGCAGAAAAAGAACCAGAGUUUCUUAAUAUUAGCAUUCAAGAUGCCAGAUUGUUCUUUCAAUUGCGAAGUGGCAACAGCUUUUAUACACUGCGUCUGAUGGGUUCACAACUGGUGAAUGAUGGCACAUGGCACCAAGUGACUUUUUCCAUGAUAGACCCAUUGGCCCAGACCUCCCAGUGGCAAAUGGAGGUGGAUAACCGGACACCUUUUGUGAUAAGUGCAGUUGCUACUGGAAGCCUGAACUUUUUGAAGGACAAUACAGACAUCUAUGUGGGCGACCAAGCUGUUGACAAUCCGAAAGGCCUGCAGGGCUGUCUGAGCACAAUAGAGAUUGGCGGUAUAUAUCUCUCUUACUUUGAAAAUCUUCAUGAUUUCACUAGUAAGCCCCAAGAAGAGCAGUUUCUCAAAGUUUCUACAAAUGUGGUACUUACUGGCUGUUUGUCAUCUAAUGCCUGCCACUCCAGCCCCUGUUUGCAUGGAGGAAACUGUGAAGACAGCUACAGUUCUUAUCGGUGUGCCUGUCUCUCGGGAUGGUCAGGGACACACUGUGAAAUCAACAUUGAUGAGUGCUUUUCUAGCCCCUGUAUCCAUGGCAACUGCUCUGAUGGAGUUGCAGCCUACCACUGCAGGUGUGAUCCUGGAUACACCGGUGUGAACUGUGAGGCGGAUGUAGACAAUUGCAAGAGUCAUCAGUGUGCAAAUGGGGCCACCUGCGUCCCUGAAGCUCACGGCUACUCUUGCCUCUGCUUUGGAAAUUUCACGGGGAGAUUUUGCAGACACAGCAGAUUACCCUCAACAGUCUGUGGGAAUGAGAAGACAAACUUCACUUGCUACAAUGGGGGCAGCUGCUCCAUGUUCCGGGAGGACUGGAAAUGUAUGUGCCAGCCAGGUUUCACUGGAGAGCGGUGUGAAGAAGACAUCAAUGAGUGUGCCUCUGAUCCCUGUUUCAAUGGAGGCCUGUGCAGGGACUUGGUCAACAGAUUCCUGUGCAUCUGUGACGUGGCCUUCGCUGGCGAACGCUGUGAGCUGGACGUAAGCGGCCUUUCCUUUUACGUGUCCCUCUUACUGUGGCAAAACCUCUUUCAGCUCCUGUCCUACCUUGUUCUUCACAUGAAUGAUGAGCCCGUUGUAGAGUGGGGUGCACAGGAAAAUGAUUAAGAAGCAUGUGAGCAUUCCCAAGUGUAAGACACUGACUUGCAAGAAAUACCUUGUCUCAGUGUAGGUCUCCAAGAAAGACAAGGGAAAAUUAAGGAAUCCAUCUAGAGAGGUGGUUCUUAACCUUCCUAAUGCUGUAAUCCUUUAGUACAGUUCUUCCUGUUGUAGGGACCCAAACCAUAACAUUAUUUUUGUUGCUACUUCAUAACUGUAAUCUCUCUACUGUUACGAAUUAUAAUGUAAAUAUUCGUAUUUACUGAUGGUAUUAAGUGACACCUGUGAAAAGGUCAUUGACCCAAAAGGGGUCAUGACUCACAGGUUGAGAAAUGCUAAUCUGGAGGCUGAAAAAUGCAUUUAAGCAUACCACAUGUAGUUUGGGUCUACAGAAGAUAUUUUCUUAUUCUACCUUUUUAGAUGCAUCAGAAGAGGGCAUCAGAUUCCAUUAAAUAUGGUUGUGAGCUACCAUAUGG